AUGGACAAGCUUCGUUCGCUACGGUCGUCUCUGGACGAGAAUUUACACCAGAAGAAUGCAUUCAAUGAUUUAUUGGCAAAAGCAGAGGAAAAAACCAAGAUUUCAAGGGUCAAUUUGGUUCUUGGUAUGAUCUUUUUACGUCAAUAUAGUGUUGUCAGGUUUUGUCGCUUUCCUCGCCCUUUAUUUGGUCUUCGGAUAUGGGACCAGUCUCAUCGCUACAGUCAUUGGUUUCAUAUAUCCCGCAUACAAAUCGUAAGAAUUGCAUACUUCUUAACGUUUUCGUGCAGCAUAAAAGCGUUGGAAACCUUUGAUAAAGAAGAUGACACCAAAUGGCUUACGUAUUGGGUUGUGUUUGCCACUGUCAGCGUCAUUGAAGCAUUUACGGACAUAUUCUUCUACUGGAUUCCACUCUAUUCUUUGUUGAAGUGUUGUGUUUUCUUGUUCCUGAUGACACCCACCAAACCUAAUGGUUCGAUCAUGAUCUAUGAAAAGCUUAUACGGCCAUACAUCUUGAAGCACGAAAAGAAAUUAGAUCAGGCGUUCGAUGCGGCUGCUGAUUUAGCUGGUGACUUCGCAAAUACUGGUGAGUACUUCUAUAACCAGAAGUUUUUGACGCUUUCUGGAUGCCCUCGUUAA